AUGGGGUCCAGACUCGUCUGCCCGCUAUGUGGGUCCUUCCUCGAUCAAGAUCGGCUGCGAAAUGUCCCAGGACCCUGGCAUUGGGGCAUUCGCCUCUGGUCCACAGAAGUCCGGGGACUUUAUGCAGUCGACGAUGACACGGGCCGAAUCGCGGUCACUGGGGUCGGCGUGAUACGCAACCACAAUAUCCUUCACGCAUCAGUCGACCAAGAUCAAGCCUAUUUCGACGUGGCCGACUUCAAUGCCCUGGACCUAUGGGUGAUUCGGGACUUUUCAGUAAAUCGGGGGUGUUUCGCAUUCCACAAUUCAUGUUGGAAAUUGCUUCUCCUGAGGCUCCGCCAAAGUAAUGUCUUCAUAGACGAUGCGACCAUCUUGAGGUCGGUCUUCGACCAACUCUACUACAGUCCUGCCCCCGAAGCCCCUGGUCCAGAAGAUAGUAGUCAGUACUUUGGAUUUGCUGACCCUUGUGCAAUAUUCUCUCUGGAUGAACUCGAAAGCAUAAGGCGCGACGAGCGAGGCCCUAUUCCGCCAAGAGGUAUGGAGCCGGGAAGUGACGACGAGCGACAUUUAUGCCAUAACACCUGGAGUCAAGUCUCAACCAACUAUGGACGGACUGCCACGUUUGCCCCGCUCUUCCAUCGUCUCAAUGCAUCCGUCCGAACAAUAUCAGGUGUGCCACCUCGGCAUACCAUCACUGGAAUUGUUGUCCAGCCAGCCGCAUACAGAAAGUAUUUCGAACAACUCCGAAUUCAUUCUCAAUUCUGCAUCGCCCUACCCGCGAUUCCGCACAAUUUGGACCGCGAAUGUCAUCGGGUACCGGAGGAUCAGAUACAAUAUGAUCUGAUGUUGCACCACAAUAGUAGCGAGAAGAACGAUAUGAAAUGUUACCAAACUUAUGCAUCUCUCAAGGGAGUUCGCACAAUCACCGCAUCUACAGGCAAUACGCACUAUUCCCGCUCUAGGCAUUGGAUCACUGGUUUGAAGAUUGAGUAUUAUAAUCACCCCAGUCCAAAUGUUGUUGGACAAUGGAUACGUCCACUACACGGUGAAGUCCUUGAAUUGGAUCCAGGUGAGGCAAUCAAAUCGAUUACUGUAUGGGUCGGUUUCGAUAGUUUCAUUUCCCAGUUCCCUGAGUUGAGUACAGGCAACAUCGCAGCCAUAUGGAUCGACGCGGGGAUGCACUGGGCGAGGUUUUCCACUCCAAUCUUCCAAUCCGGCGCAGUCAUACAGUCUCAAUAUCUACGUGACCCUGACAAGGAGCUGACGGCUAUCUCAUGGGUAGUCAGCGCGAAGUCGGAUAGGGUUCGCGCAGUCAUGUCCCCAUACGGAAGCCAGAGACAGCGCACUCUCAUGCCAACCUUGUCUCCUCCAUAUGACCGUGUACGGAAGCUUUACUUCAAGAGACAAGACGGCUCUUCCCGGGGAAGGAAGAUUGUCAAGGCAGAAGCCUGUAUCUAUGGGGAUGAAAUCUCUGGACUGAGAUUCACUUAUCAGUCACGCAAUCAAGCGGCCGUCGGUGAUACACGUAGCGGUAUGACCCGUCAGGUCGUGGAAUUUUCCAGUACUGAUAUUAUUAUGGGCUUGUCAGUGAAGACGUCCGGUACUGCAUUAUUGGAGAUUCAAUUCGAGGUCGAACGGGACGGGACGCAGCGAUGUUUCAGCCUCGGAAUCCCCAAUGAUCAGAGAUCGCAGUGUGACCGGCAUCUCUACUGGGGUGAUAUACCAGCCAACGUUGAGACUGCAAGUGACAUAUAUGAGCAGGAACCAAUAGAUAAGAUUUAUAAACCACCGAAAGAUUCGAAGCUUAUUGGGAUCUAUGUGGAUUGUGACUGCAUCUCUGAGAUCGGCGCCAUAUACGAGCCUCAACGGUCGCAGUGA